AUGUCUACUGUCAUCCCUAAGACCAUGAAGGCCAUCCAGGUCGAAAAGACCGGUGGCCCAGAGGUCAACGUCAUGCGCGAGGUCCCCGUGCCGACGCCCAAGGACGAUGAGCUCCUCAUCAAGGUCGAGUGGACCGGUGCCAACUACAUCGACAACUACCGCCGCUCCGGACUGUACAAGCUCGACCUCCCCUUCUUCCAGGGCCAGGACGUUGUCGGCACGAUCGUGCAGCUCCCCAAGGCGGCGCACCAGGCGACCGAACUCGGCGAGCUUAAGCUCGGGCAGCGCGUGUGGUCUCCCGUCGGCGCCAGCUUUGCAGAGUACGCCGCCGCGACUUGGUGGAAGGUCGCGCCGCUCCCUGACGGUGUCGACCCCAGGGACGGCGUGAGCAUGUGCACCGUUGCGCUCACCGCGAUGGCGCUCGUGCGCUACAGCUACGCCGUUAAGAAGGGCGACUACAUCCUUGUCCGCGCGGCAGCUGGCGGUGUCGGACUUGUUUUGUGCCAGCUGGGCAAGUACCUUGGCGCGCACGUCAUCGCGACGACAUCGACUGAGGCCAAGGCCAAGCUCGCGAAGGAGAACGGCGCCGAGGCCGUCCUCCUCACCACCGCCUCGUCCGAGGACAACGUCAAGGAGAUCCUCCGCCUCUCCGAGGGCCGUGGCGUGCACGCCGUCUUUGACGGUGUCGGUGCCGACACGUGGGAGGAGAACUUCAAGGUCGUGCGCACGAACGCCACCAUUGUGACGUUCGGUAACGCGUCUGGCCCAGUGCCGCCCUUCUCGCCGCUCAAGCUCUCGCCCAAGUGCCUCAAGGUCACACGCCCCACGCUUUUCCCGUUCAUCGCCAACCCCGAGGACUUUGCCACACUUGCCAAGGACAUGACCGAUAUUGUCGCCGCGGGCGGGAUCAAGUUUGCCGUGCACAAGGAGUACCCCUUCACAGAGGAGGGCGUGCAGCAGACGCAGAUCGACAUCACGGGCCGCGGCACGACCGGUAAGCUCCUCAUCCAUGUCGCCUAG